AUGCUUGCUUCUGAGACGCCGUUUACUGUCAACGAAAUAGAAGCUCUGCAUGAUCUAUUCAAGAAGAUAAGCAGUACCAUAGUUGAUGAUGGUCUUAUUCACAAGGAAGAAUUUCAACUUGCACUUUUCAGUAAUAGCAGUAAGCAGAAUCUUUUCUCUGACAGGGUAUUUGAUCUUUUUGAUGUCAAGCAUAACGGGGUAAUUGAAUUUGGAGAGUUUGUUCGGUCAUUAAGUGUGUUCCAUCCAAAUGCUUCUGAAGCAGAUAAAAUUACAUCUGGAAAAACUCUUCUUUCAGUUGCUUUCAGAUUGUAUGAUCUACGACAAACUGGCUAUAUUGAGCACGUUGAACUGAAGGAGAUGGUACAGGCUAUCCUGAGUGAAUUGGAUUCUACACUUACUGAUGUCACUGUUGAAUCUAUUGUGAACAAGACAAUGAUUGAAGCAGAUUUAAAUGGAGAUGGCAGAAUUGAUCCAGAAGAGUGGAAGGUAUUUGUAGCUAAGAACCCAUCUCUCCUAAAGAACAUGACUCUUCCAUAUCUAAAGGAGAUGACAGCUGCAUUUCCCAGUUUCGUACUGAGAUCAGAUACCGAAGACGAUAUUAACAAGUGA